UUUUUAACUUAAAUGUAAUGAAUCAUAACCUAUAAAAAUUUUUGAAAACAAAAACGUUGAAAAAGUAAACAAACUUUCAAAAUUCAAAAUGGUUAAAGAAUGGUUUAAAUUAGCUUGUAAAAGUAGUAAUUUACAAUUAACAGGCACUCUAAAUGGCGGGCAAAGUUUUAGGUGGAAAAAACUUGUUCAGGAUAGCAAGGACCAUUGGAUAGGUGUAUUCUCAAAUAAAGUUUGGAUACUACAGCAAGACUGCGAUAGGAUUUUAUAUCAAGUCUAUGGAGCUGAUCAUGAUAGUGAUUUAAAUGAACAAUAUUGUAAUGAGCUGUUAAGCAACUAUCUUCACCUAGAUGUUGAUUUAUCAGAACAUUAUCCAAAAUGGAGCGAUCGAGAUCCACAUUUCAAAGAAGCUGCUAAGCAAUUUUACGGUAUCAGAAUAUUAAGACAAGAUCCCACUGAAAAUAUAUUUUCUUUUAUUUGUUCACAAAAUAACCACAUUUCUAGGAUUUCAAGCAUGGUAGAAAAACUAGCUCAGUAUUAUGGCAAGAAAAUCUGUGAUAUUGAUGGUACCUCUUAUUAUUCCUUUCCAGAAGUGAAUGCUUUAGCAGAUAAUAGUGUAGAACAAAAAUUGAGAAAUAAUGGUUUUGGAUAUAGAGCCAAAUAUAUCAGUAACUCUGCCAAGACUAUUGUUGAAAAUGGUGGAAAGAAAUGGUUGGAUGAAUUGUCAGAAAUGAGCUAUGUAGAUUCCAAAAGAAAUUUAAUGUCUUUAAUGGGAAUAGGAGCAAAGGUUGCAGAUUGUAUUUGCUUAAUGUCUUUGGGUCAUCUAGAAGCAAUACCAGUUGAUACACAUAUCUAUCAAAUUGCUGCCAGAUUGUACAUGCCAAAAUUAGCUAAGCAAAAAACAGUAACUGAAAAAAUUUACAAUGAAAUUGGAGAUCAUUUCAGAGGUUUAUAUGGACAUUUAGCAGGAUGGGCACAUACUGUAUUAUUUUGUGCAGACCUAAAAAAAUUUCAAGACACAGGGAGUAAAAAGGAGACAGUUAAAACAAAAUCUAAAAAACAAAGAGUUUCUUAAUUUAUUUUAAGUUUUAAUCAUUGUAAUAGGAAUUAAGAAAAUUGAAACAUAAAACAAUACUUUAGCUAUUACCUAUUAUUAUAAAAAUCAGUCUCAGCCUGAAUAAAAAAGUUUUUUUUUUAA